AUUUAUAAAUGGUUGAAGUCCCUUUCUGCAUUAACUGUCAGACACUUAGAGGAAGAACAGACUUAAAAUCAUAUUUAAAGUCUGUCUGUCCUAUAUCACUAGCUGCGAAUUAAAAAUUUUAAUUAAUUCAUAUUUCAUUGGCCAUAAAAACGUGUUGUAGGUCCAUUUGCUCCUUUAUGGGACCAUUAAUUAAGUAAGGAUAUAAAGACUUUGAAAUUAAAACUAUGAACAUCCAUUUUCCACCCUGAAUGCUAAAAUAAAUAGAAAAAAUAGCCUGUUAAACUAAAAUAUACCAAAUAACAAGCCAUGCCAGAAACCCAAUGUGACCUAAUGGCUGAAACAGAGAACAGGGCUCUUUUAAGUUUUACACCUUAAAACCCAUUUGAAGUUAGUGAGUAAGAUUAAUGUGGAAAUGUGUAUGAAAUGAGUCAUUCAAAGUCUAAAAGAAGUGAAUGUGAUCAUCUUACAUUCAUAAUUAAGGGGUUUAACCAAUGAUUGAACUCAGGACACUUCAUUUCAAACAAGACUUUAAGCGGAUGCGGAUUGGUUGAGACAUGAAAACGUUAUUUCAAAGAUUUUUAAGUUUUGACUUGUGGUUCGUUUGACUUGUGUUUUCCGACGUUCCCUGAACAGUCCUUGGAGGCAGCGGCGCCCUGGUCUGAGCGGGUCUGGACUCUGGAAGUUGGACUACGUCAACAGGAGAGUGGAGACCGUCCCAGCCCUCAGAGGAGCUGAGCAGAGGCGGCGCGCAGCGGUCGCUCCAAACAUCUCCAAAUGUCGACAGAAGGAAAAGAGUUUGUGCGUCUGUGAGCGUUUUCCUGCAGGUGGACAUGUUUGCUCCGCGCGUAAAGACGCACUGAAGGCGGACUAAAACGAAGCUUUGGCGCUUUUUCGUGACCACCAAGAGCAGCAGCAGAAGAUGUUGGCGAGAAAAAGCAUAAUCCCGGAGGAAUUCAGUGUGCCGGGGCUCGCCUCCCGGAUGCCCCGCAAGCCGGUGUUCAGGGACCGCGUGAACAAAGCGCGCUUCAUCGCCAAAAACGGCUCGUGCAACUUGGCGCACAAGAACAUCCGCGAGCAGGGCAGAUUCCUGCAGGACGUCUUCACCACGCUGGUCGACCUUAAAUGGCGCUUCACGCUGGUCAUCUUCACCACGACGUUUGUGAGCAGUUGGCUUCUGUUCGCCAUGAGCUGGUGGCUGGUGGCGUUUGCGCACGGAGACCUGGACCCGGAGCGGCAGAACGGGACCCACUGCGUCACCGAUGUCAAAUCGUUCACGUCAGCCUUCCUGUUCUCCAUCGAGGUUCAGGUGACCAUCGGCUUCGGAGGACGUAUGAUAACAGAGCAGUGUCCGACUGCAAUCACCGUCCUCAUCAUGCAGAACAUAGUGGGACUCAUCAUCAAUGCCGUCAUGCUGGGUUGUAUCUUCAUGAAGACGGCUCAGUCAAACCGUCGAGCAGAGACUCUGAUCUUCAGCCGUCACGCUGUGAUCGCUGUCAGAAACAACCGCCUGUGUUUCAUGAUUCGUAUCGGGGAUCUGAGGAAGAGCAUGAUCAUAGGAGCGACCGCCAGGUUACAGGUGGUGAGGAAGACAACCACACCAGAGGGGGAGGUGAUCCCCAUCCAUCAAAUCGACGUCCAGACGGAGAGCGCUGUGGCCAGCAACAGCCUGUUCCUCCUCGCCCCGCUCAUCAUCUGCCACAUCAUCGACAAAAACAGCCCGCUGUACGACCUGUCGGCCAUGGAGCUGCAGUGCAGCGACCUGGAGGUGAUCGUCAUCUUGGAGGGGGUUGUGGAGACGACGGGGAUCACCACACAGGCCCGGACCUCCUACAUCUCCGAGGAGAUCCAGUGGGGUCACCGCUUCGUUCCCAUAGUAACGGAGGAGGAGGGCGUGUACUCGGUGGACUACUCCAAGUUUGGUAACACAGUCAAGGUAACGACGCCGCCCUGCAGCGCCAGAGAACUGGACGAGAAGCCGUCCAUCUUAAUCCAGACUCUCCAGAAGAGCGAGCUGUCCCACCAGAACUCGCUGAGGAAGCGUAACUCCAUGCGACGCAACAACUCCAUGCGUAAAAGCGCAGCAAGCAGCGGAAACCUGCGCAGGAACAACUCUGGGCUCGUACCGCCUAAAGUCCAGUUCUUCACCCCGACCGAAGGAGGCCAGGCCCUGAACGCCGUCACCUGACAUGAGGCCUGCCUCCUGCUGGCUGCCCUGCUCCUCCUGGUGGGAAGGAGGAUUGUGGGUGAUGGUGUAUCUCCUGCUCUGAUGGGACCCGUUCUUUUUCUGUUCCCGGCCUUGUCUAGACUUGUCUCCUAACACUUUACACUGCUCAUGUUACUCCAUGUUUGUGUGCUUGGAGUAAUCUAGUUCUUAUUUUAGAAUUAGCUGUUAAACCUGUCCAGAAAACAUUUCUCCGCACUGACAGAGCUGCCACAAACCAAAAGCAAAACAUUUCUUCUCUUCAUUAUCAUUAAAGCAAUAAUUACAAACACUGGGGCCUUUAUGCCUAUUUUACCGUUUUGGGGGAGAUAUAUUUUCUUAUUGAUUAAAGUCACAGUUUAACUACUAGUAGUGGUUACUAGUAGCAACCAAUCACUGUACUGUACAUGUGUAUUUUUCACUUUAUUUUGUAGUUUGUGUUGUUUGAGAAUAAAUGCACUCACUUCAUCUGAA